CACCACAGCUCCUCUGGUUUGAGACCGGGCGGGUGUCUGUCUCUUUCUGUCUCAACCAUUCCUCCUUUCACUCAGGACCCCUCUUUCUGCACAUCUCUAAUCAGUGCCUGUAUCACUGCCUUGCUCAGCAGCCUUCCUUUGGGAGGUGCUGGAAAAGCCAGCAAGGGGAAUUUACCACGAGGAUAAUGACCAUAUGUCCAGCUUGCAGUAAUUCUUCAUAACAGAUUAAUUUUCUUUUUCUUCAGAAACAAAUACAGUGGAGUACAGCUACUUCAGCUUAGGGUGUCCCCUUUGCUGUCUUUGGUGAUAGAAGAUGAAGAGGCAUCGGUUGUUACCGCUAUGUGCCCUCCUGGGUGUCCUGUUUGCAGGACUCUUGCCUAACCUUGAUGCUCAGGAUGCGCAAGAUUCAGCUGACCUAGUACUCUUAAUUGAUGGAUCACAGAACGUUGGAGCAGCAAACUUCCCCUAUGUGCGUGAUUUGGUUUUGAGAAUCAUUGAGCGCCUUGAUGUGGGCAGGGACACUGUUCGCGUUGCCUUGGCCCUGUACAACACCAACACAGAGAUAAAGUUCUAUCUAAAUAGCUUUGAGAGCAAAUCAUCAGUCUUGGACGCUGUGAAGGGCCUGGCCUUCCCAGGGGGCGACGAGUCUAACCUGGGGGCUGCCUUGGAGGAAGUGGCCGAGAGCCUUUUGAGCGAAACAGCUGGGGGCAGGGCAGAGGAGGAUGUGCCCCAGAUGUUGGUGAUUAUCAGUGCUGGGCCAUCCACUGAUGAUACUGGUGCCGGUGACCGGGCCCUUAAGAGGGCCAAAGUUAUUACAUUCGGCGUGGCAAUUGGUGACACUGCCACUGCAGAUCUGGAAGCAGUUGCUACAGAUAAAAGUUUUGUCCUGUCAGCCCCUGAUUUCAGAGCAGUAGCAAGAAUGGGUGACCAGCUGCUCCCAUACAUUAACGGGGUGGUCCAGCGCACCAUUAUAAUUCAGAAUACGUUCACAGAAGUCUUGACAGUUGGAAAACGAGACGUGAUUUUCCUAAUCGACAAUACGAUGGGUCCAAAUGUCGUCAAUGCCAUACGCGAAUUCAUCAGGCGGUUCGUCGACUCCAUGCCAAUUGGUCCAGACGGAGUUCAAGUCGGUGUCGCCCAGUUCAGCAAUGUCCCUCGACUAGAGAUAGAUCUCAACUCUUAUGGAACCAGGGAAGAAUUAAUUGCUGCUUUGGGUGGGAUCAAACCAAGAGCCGCUCAGCCAAUCAACCUUGGAGCAGCUUUGGACUUUGUGCGGACGAAUAUGCUGCUAGCUGAGAAAGGCAGUCGAAUUCAGCAGGGGGUACCCCAACUUGUACUCUUGAUGACCGGUAAAAAGUCCAGCGACAGUGUUGAAGAACCUGCUAAGGCCCUCCAGCGAAUGGGCGUACUAGCUCUAGCUGCAGGCUUCAAGUCUGCAGAUGAAGAAGAAAUGAAGCAGAUUGCCUUCACUGAGAGUGUGGUGUACAUGGUGAGGGACAUACGCGGACUGAGAAGCCGACGAGACGAAAUGGUUAAUGCACUCUCCACACUGGCUGGGGUGGUGGUGACUGAAGGACCCACCGAGCCUGGGGUGGACGUAACCACAGUGCACACUCAAAGAGUGGUCAGAGACAUUGUCUUCCUUGUGGAUGGCUCAAACUACAUUGGCAGCAGUAACUUACCCUAUGUGAGAGACUUCAUCAUCAACGUGGUCAACCAGCUGGAUGUACGUCCUGACAGGGUCCAGAUUGGUCUCAUGCAGUUUGCCGAACGUCCAAGAGUUGAAUUUUAUCUGAACAGCCAAAACAACAGGCAAGAUGUUGUGAAUAAAGUCUCUCAACUCAGGCUAACUGGAGGCUCAGUUUUGAAUACAGGAGCUGCCAUGAAUCAAGCCCUCACCAUGUUCCAGCCAUCAACUGGCUCACGCAGGAAGCAGGGAGUACAGCAGGUAUUGGUUCUGAUCACAGGUGGACCAGCCCAGGAUGAGGUUAAAAGCAUAGCUGAUAAAUUGGCUCUGUCUGGUGUUUUGACCUUCACGGUCAGUUCUGGCCAAGCAGAUGACGCCUUACUGAGGACAGUUGCCUUUGUUCCAGACUUGGCUUACCAUGAAACAAGUUUCUCUAAUCUACCAGCUAUGGCUGAGCUAAUCAUGCCAAAGUUGAUAACAGUGGUUGGUGAUACAGAUGUGACAACCUUCCCUGAGGAAACUGUUGUUGGAGGUGAAAGGGAUGUUGCCUUCCUCAUUGAUGGCACAGAUAAUGUUCGAGCAGAUUUUGGCUACAUCCGGGAUUUUAUCAUUAAAGUAAUUGAACCACUUGACAUUGGGACUGACAAGGUACGAAUUUCAGUGGUUCAACACAGCGAGAGGGCUACUCCAAAUUUCUACCUUAACACUUACCAAACCAAAGAUGAGGUGCUAAGAGCUGUCAACGGAAUGACACUGGCUGGUGGACGUAGUCUAAACACAGGAUCUGCUCUAAGAUUCAUGAAGGACACCAUCUUGUCUGAAAGGUAUGGUAGCCGGGCUGCGCAAAAUGUCCCUCAGUUUCUGAUUGUGUUGGCUGGAAGCAGGUCCAGGGAUAACGUGAAGGAAUCUGCUGGUGCACUGAAAACAGAGGGAGUCGUACCAUUUGGCGUCGGUGUCAAGGAUGCAGACCCAAGGCAGAUUGAGGCCAUUUCACACAACCCUUCCUUUGCCUUCAAUGUGAAAGAAUUCAGUGAACUUAGCACCAUACCCCAAAGACUCAAUAACUACGUGAGCCUUCCAAAGGAGGAGCUGACCCUAGUCCUACAACAAGUUGACACUGCCAAAAAAGAUAUCGUGUUCCUUCUGGAUGGUUCUGAUUCCACAAGGUAUGGCUUCCCCGCCAUGCGUGAGUUUGUUGAGAGAGUUGUGGAGAAACUCAAUGUGGGACAAAACAAAGACCGUGUCUCUGUGGUCCAGUACAGCAGAGAUGCAGAGGUCAAUUUCUAUCUGAACACGUACACCACAAGAGAGGAUGUUUUGGAUUCGGUCAGAGGGCUGAAACACAGAGGAGGCAGACCCCUCAACACCGGGUCAGCCCUCCAAUACGUCAGGGACAACGUCUUUACAAACUCCUCCGGGAGUAGACGCCUGCAAGGUGUUCCACAGAUGUUGAUCCUGCUAAAUGGCGGAAGGUCUUUUGACAAUGUAGAUACCCCAGCCUCUGCUCUCAAACAGCAGGGCGUCGUUGUGAUUGGCAUUGGAACAAGGGGCUCUGACAAGAGUGAACUGCAGAAGAUAUCAUAUGACCCUAGUUACGCUCUAUCGGUAACUGAGUUCACUGACCUCCCCAGUGUCCAAGAACAGCUCUCCUCUGUAAUGAGCACAGUGCCAGUGAGGGCCCCAUCUGUGACACCAAUAGUACCUGUGGAGAGAAAGGCUCCAGGAAAGGAUGUUGUGUUUUUGUUGGAUGGAUCUGAUAGUACUAGAAGUGGAUUCCCAGCUAUGCGAGACUUUGUCCAAAGAGUAGUAGAGACACUAAGUGUGGAUGACAACAAAGACCAGGUCUCAGUGGUUCAGUACAGCAGAGAUCCAGCUGUCCAGUUCUACCUGAACACGUACACCACAAAAGCCGAGAUCCUCGACACUGUCAGAGGUUUGAGGCACAAAGGGGGAAGGCCCCUCAACACUGGAGCAGCCCUCCAGUACCUGGGGGAUAAUGUCUUCACGGCCUCUGCCGGAAGCAGGCGUCAGGAAGGAGUUCCACAGGUCCUAAUAUUGCUAAGUAGUGGAAGGUCUUUUGACAGUGUUGAUGCACCAGCCUCUGCUCUCAAACAGCUGGGUGUCUUGAUCUUUGCAAUUGGAACCAGGAGUGCUGAUAGCAGACAACUGCAGGAGAUAUCAAACGAUCCCAGUUAUGCUCUCUCUGUGUCUGAAUUCACCGACCUUCCCAGUGUCCAACAGCAACUUCAGUCCUCUGUGGAGACUGUGGUUAUUGACGCCUCCCCAGAAUCACCAACAGUCCCUGCUGAGUCGCAGGGCCCCCGGAAGGAUGUCAUUUUCCUUGUUGAUGGAUCUGAUGGUGUUGGACGGGAAUUUCCUAUCAUCCAGGAGUUUAUCCGCAGGGUUGUGGAUAGUCUUAAUGUGGGCGAGAAUAAGAUCCGGAUUGGUGUGGUCCAGUAUGGCGACUAUGCUCAGGCUGACAUGUAUCUGAACACACAUACAACCAAAGAAGGUGUUUUGAAUGGUGUCAGGGGAAUGAGGCAACGAAGAGGAAGACAACGUAACCUGGGUCAGGCCUUGCAGUUUGUCAGUCAGGAUAUUCUGACAGCAGCACGUGGUAGCAGAAAGGAAGAGGGUGUACCACAGUUUUUAAUUGUCGUCUCCAGUGGGUCUUCAACAGAUGACAUCAGUCGAGCAGCCACUUCCCUUAAACAAUCUAGAGUUCUUCCCUUCAGCAUUGGGACCAGGGAUGUUAACCGUAGGGAGCUCCAGGUGGUGUCAUACGUGCCUAACUUUGCCUUCACUGUAGAUGACCUCCCUGGCCUGUACACAGUCCAAGAAAACCUAAUCAACACUCUCACUGAGAUGUCAGAUGAUGACAUCGCCAGGAUGCGUCCAGUAUUCCCAACCACUGAAGAAACCACACCAGCACCAGUGGGAGGCGACAAGAGGGAUGUCGUAUUUCUAAUUGAUGGCACGACAGCGGUGCGUAGCGAGUUCCCCUCCAUCCGUGAAAUGAUAAAAAGAGUCGUGGACAAGCUGGAUGUAGGAUUGGACAAGGUCCGAGUUUCAGUGGUGCAGUACAGUGAUGACCCAAAGUUAGAAUUUCUUUUGAAUAAUUUCUCCACCAAAGAAGAGGUACGCCAAGCUGUGACAAAACUUCGAAGCAUAGGUGGUAACCGUCUAAACACAGGCCGUGCUCUUGAGUGGGUCUCCAGAAACAUUUACCAGAGGUCAGCAGGAAGCCGCAUUGAGGAUGGUGUGCCUCAGUUCCUCAUUCUAGUUACAGGUGGCAAGUCUACAGAUGAUGUGUCCACUGCAGCUGACCAACUUAAGAGAAACCAGGUUGCACCUCUUGCCAUUGGUUCAAGGAAUGCAGAUCCUGAUGAACUGAGACAGAUUUCCCUGAGGCCCGAACUUGUAUACACAGUUGAUAGUUUCCAGCAGCUUCCAAGAGUGGAAACACAGCUGAUUAAUUCAGUCAAAACAAUAUCUACCACUGAUAUCACCAAUUAUGUUCCUCCCACAGUCUUCAGAGAAAUCCUAGAUCUUGGGAAAAAGGACAUACUCUUCCUCAUUGAUGGCUCAGACAACACAGGUGCUGCUGGAAUUGCUCAUAUCCGUGACUUCAUCCUCAAUAUUGUGCAACAACUUGAUGUGCAGCCUGAUCAAGUGCGUGUGGCUGUCGUCCAGUAUGCAGACAGAGUAAAAACAGAGUUCUCACUCAACUCACACAACAACAAGCAAGCUGUUGUCUCUGCUAUCAAACGACUUCGUCAGAUGGGUGGCAGGUCAUCAGAUCUGGCUGACGCCAUUAAGUAUGUUAUGGAGAAUGAGUUAAAACCCUCCUCCGGGGUUCGUCUGGCUGAGGCCUCACAGCAUCUUGUAGUUCUCACAGGUGGACGUUCCUCCCAAGAUGUUUCCAUUUAUGGACCUCAGCUUAAGGAUUCCAGGGUCAACUGCAUUGGUGUUGGAGCUGGUGGUACUAACACAAAGCAGCUAACCCAAAUUGCCACCACCUCAGAGGAUGUCCUUCAGGUUCCUACAUUCCCUGGCCUGCCAGCAAUCAAGGACAGGUUUAUUACCAGGUUGAAAGGGAACAUCCCAGUCAUUGACACAAAUAUUGACUCUUUCAACGGUGGUUCUGACCUGCCUCCACCCAAAAAGGCUGACAUAGUGUUUUUAGUGGAUGGCUCCAUUAACUUGGGCAGGGACAACUUCAAUGAAGUGAUGAUGUUUAUCACCAACCUAAUUGAUCUGUUCUACACUGAGAGAGACAACCUGCGGAUUGGUCUGGCACAUUACGCCGCAGAUGUGACGGAUGUCUUCUACCUCAACACAUACAAGGACAGGCAAGCCAUUAUAGAUGCUAUCGGUCAAGCAGAGUACAAAGGUGGAAAUAAAAUCAACACUGGUGCAGCCAUUCGUCACAUUCAAGACGUUUACUUUACAAAAGAGAAAGGCAGUAGGGUGGAUGAGGGCACUCCUCAGAUCCUAAUGGUUAUCACCGGAGGAAGCUCAGCUGAUGACAGCAAAACAGCAGCCCUUGGUCUGAAGAAAAAGGGUGUGAGAAUUUUUGCUGUAGGAGUGGGCGACACUGAGGAUGAGUUAGAAAACCUAGCAAGCGAGUCCACCACAGUGGCUCGAGCAAGAACCAUUCAGGAACUUUCAGAGCUCAAUGAGCAAAUCCUGGAGACUAUGGAUGAUGAAGUGAAGGGCAAGCUGUGUGUUGGUGCUCCAGAAACUUCUAAAACCUGUGAGAUAGAGGUGUUGGUGGGCUUUGAUGUUUCUGCUCAGAACAUCUUCAGUGCUCAGACCAAUCUCCAGAGUAAGAUGGGUGCCAUUCUGCAGAGAAUUUCCAAAAUGGCAGCUAUCAGUUGUUCAUCUGGACAGAUUCCUUCUGUGCAAGUGGGCAUGCUGGCCAUGGACUCUGCCUCUGAGCCUGUCCAACUGGACUUCACAAACAAUGCUGAUGAACUCUUUGAAGUCUUCAGAGGCUUGCGGACUCGUGGCCCAUAUGUCCUCAAUGGCAAGACCAUUUCAGCUUACACCAAUAGGUUCAAAACCAGACAGGACAAUGUUGUCAAGGUUGUCAUUCAUCUGACUGAUGGCCUUGAUGCCCCAUAUGCUGAAAUGAAAAGGCGAGUUGAGGAACUACGGCUUUCAGGAGUGAACAGUUUCAUCCUGGUCGGGUUGGAGCGAGUGCCCAAAUUUGAGGAGGCUUUGCUACUGGAAUUUGGCCGCGGCUUUAGGUACACCAGACCCUUACGAGUCAAUAUCAUGGACUUGGACUAUGAACUUAUGGAAGAACUGGACAAUAUCGCAGAAAGGGACUGCUGUGGAGUGCCAUGCAAAUGUAUCGGCACCAGAGGAGACCGAGGAGCAGUUGGACUUUCAGGGUCUAAGGGAGGUCCAGGAUUACCAGGAAGCCAAGGACAUCCUGGAGAUGAAGGUGGACCUGGAGAGAGAGGUCAUCCUGGUGUGAAUGGAACUCAGGGUUUCCAGGGAUGUCCUGGACAGAGAGGUGUCAAGGGUUCUCGUGGUUAUUCAGGAGAAAAGGGUGAAUUUGGAGAAAUCGGGCUUGAUGGAAUCAAUGGAGAAGAGGGAAAAAGUGGAGUGGCUGGACCCCCAGGAGACAGUGGAAAUCCUGGCAGAAGAGGUCCCAAAGGUAUCAAAGGACAAGCAGGAGACAUCGGAGAAAUUGGAAUCAGAGGAGACCCAGGUACAAGUGGACAAGAUAACAACCAACCAGGACCUAAAGGAGACCCUGGUGAUGCUGGACCAGUGGGAGUGUCUGGUGAAGAUGGAAAGAUGGGAGACCCUGGUGACUUUGGAAGAAGGGGAGCUGAUGGCAGAAGAGGCCCACCUGGACAGGCUGGAAAUCCCGGAAAACCAGGAGCUGAUGGUCUUGUGGGAGAGGCUGGUAUUGGAGGAUCUAGAGGUAAACCUGGACCGAUUGGUGCACCAGGACCGAGAGGAGAAGAUGGGAACCCUGGACCCAGGGGUCCCGGAGGUAGCCCAGGUUCCCCUGGAGAAAAUGGCAGAAGAGGAGGACUUGGUCGCAAGGGAGAGCCAGGAGAGCCAGGACCGAAGGGUGUUAUUGGACCUCUUGGUCCCCGGGGAGAGCCUGGUGAAGAUGGUAGAGAUGGCUUUGGUGUCACAGGGCCUAAAGGAAGAAAGGGUGAUGAGGGCUUCCCAGGAUUCCCAGGACCAAAGGGAGCUGCUGGUGACCCCGGCACUAAGGGUGGACCUGGACCCCGCGGGAAUCGUGGGCAGAGAGGUGUCUCUGGGAAUGUUGGCACACCUGGACAGAAGGGAGAGGUUGGAUAUCCUGGGCCAUAUGGUCAGAAAGGACCGAGAGGACCAGGUGUCGUGCAAUGUGACCUGGUCAAGAAAAUCAGGGACAACUGUCCUUGCUGUUAUGGUCAGCAGGAAUGCCCGCUCUACCCCACUGAGCUGGCCUUCGCCCUGGAUGUCUCUGAGGCCAAUGGCCGCCAACCCUUCAACAACAUGCGUGACACAGUCCUGCGCCUAGUCAGAGAUAUCACCAUCUCUGAGAGUAACUGUCCAAGAGGAGCUCGUGUUGCGUUGGCGCUGUACAAUGAUGACGUGACCACGGAGAUCCGAUUCGCUGAUGCAAUGAAGAAACGUGCCCUGUUGCAGCACAUUGAAGGACUGCAGACGCUGCAGACCAAGAAGACUCGCAACUUGGAGUCUGCCAUGAGCUUUGUGGCCCAGAACACCUUCAAGAGAGUGCGCAGUGGUUUCCUCAUGAGGAAGGUGGCCAUCUUCUUCGUCGGUGGAGCAGUCGGUCAGGCACGAGGACUUACCAAUGCAGCCCUUCGCCUCCAUGAUGCUGGAAUCGCUACUUUGUUCUUGGUCAGCCGUGAGGACAGAGCACUCAGCAGAGCACUGCAGGCCAACAACACAGUACUGGCCCAGGUUAUUGUCCUUCCCAACCCUGGAAGUGCCCAGUACAAUUCAGUCAUCCAAAAGGUUAUGAACUGCCAUGUCUGCUUAGACUUCUGCGCUCCCGACCAAAUGUGUGACUAUGUGCCCCCAUCGUCCAGCCGAGAUAGGAGGUCUCCCGCCAUAGACGUGGACAUCGACAUGGCUUUCGUCAUGGACAGCUCUGAGUCUACCUACCCAACAUUCUUUACAGAGAUUAAACGCUACAUAGCGCAGAUAGUGGAGCAUCUACAUGUGUCUUCAAAUCCAACAUCAUCCGUUCACCACGCAAGAGUGUCUGUGAUCCAGCAAGCACCUUACGAGUUCCUCAACAACAAAACUGGCUCUCCCAUCCAUGUGGAUAUCGGUUUGACUGAGCACAACUCAGUUCAGGAUAUUGUCAAAUUUCUGCUGGAGAAGACACCGCAGUUGGAGGGCGGUCGGGCACUGGCGGCAGCUAUUGAAUCGACAGUGGAGCAUGUGUUUGAGAAGGCGCCUCUACAACGUGACAAGAAAGUGCUGAUGCUCUUUGUGACGGGAAGUGUGGAAGAAGACGAGAAGCAGCUGAUGCGUAUUGCCACUGAGGUCAAGUGCAAAGGCUACUUCCUGGUCAUCCUGGGCGUGGGUGAGAAGUUGAGUGCUGGAGAUAGUCGUGUCUUGUCACGCAUGGCAAGUGAGCCGUCAGAUGUCUUCUUCAAGCGGCUGGACAGCAUCUCGCACUUUUACGACAAACACAUCCAGAACUUCGGCCAGCUGAUGCCAAAGUAUAUCAGCAUUGAAAAUGCUUUCUACAUGUCCCCUGAAGUCUCCAAAAACUGCAAGUGGUUCCAAAGUGACCAGCCCCUUAAAAACCCCUUCACGUCACCACAGCAACAGGAGAAACAUCAGAAACAUCAUGAAAAUCACCAAGCAGUUCAACAAAGAAAGCACAAAGAUGCAGGUGACGAGCUACACGUCUACAACGUCACCUCCAGCAGCUUGAAACUCCGUUGGAGCACCUCAAACCCCAAGCUCUUUGUCUAUUUUGAGGUAGUGGUGACACGGCUGCACGACCACGCCCUGGUGCUGAAGACCAACGUGUCGGGAACAGAGCUUUCCGUGGACAACUUAGAGAGUUCUCAAACAUAUCAUGCUGUUGUCACUGCCCACACUGCAGAGGGUCAAAUUGUCUCCACCCGCAAAGGAAUCAUGACCACCAAAGCAGCAGAGCUUAAGCCACAGCAUAAGCCAGCCAGCCAAGUCACCAGUACUGUAAACACCGCACCAUUGGACAAACCAGAAACUGUUAAUGAAUUUGCAGACCCAUGCUCACUUGACUAUGACCCUGGAAGCCCGUGCAAAGACUAUCAGGCUAAGUGGUUCUUUGACAGAAAGAACGGGAUCUGUACACAGUUCUGGUAUGGAGGUUGUGGAGGCAAUGAAAAUAGGUUCGAGACAGAGGCCCUCUGCUUGAAAAACUGCAUGAGGUCAGUGCCAGAGCCUCAGCCAGAAGUGCAGAAGAUUGAACAGGUGGAGAUCCUCCCGGCUCCUGCGGCCUCUACAGCCGUAGACAUCUGCCAGCUUCCCAAGGAGGAAGGUACUUGUGCCAAAUUUGUCCUCAAGUGGCACUACGAUGCCCCGAGUAAGAGCUGCACACGCUUCUGGUAUGGAGGCUGCGGUGGAAACCAGAAUCGCUUUGACACGCACGAGCAGUGUGUGAAGGCUUGUGGAAAACCAGCACCCGUCAAACAAGGAGUCAUCGCUGCAAUAAGAACAUAGGACAAAAGUGACACACGUGGCCAGCUUUCACCUCUGUUCAGGGGAUUCUGAGGAGAACCAUCCAACAUGGCCAUACUGUCAGGAUGCAAUACCAAAGCAAUGGUGGCUGCACUGGAUUCCACAACAAAAUGGACUUUAUCCCCAAAAUUCUUGAAGUAGUCUUUUUCACAACAAGAAGGAAGGCAACACGAUUUGCUGCAUGAUUUGUUUUAACCUACUGGUGCUACAUAGUAUGUUCGUUUUACAAAUGAGUUGUUAAGUGCAUUCAGUUCAAGUUUUUCUGGAACAAUGACAUCUUAUGAGUUUUCAUAUUUUUUAAAAUUCAGUUUUAUAAUGAAGCAAGAAACAUAUAUGAAUAUCUUGGACAGAGAUUAGCAAUAAAUCAGUACAUGCAGGACUGUCAUUACUCAAUGCAGUCUUUUUUUUAUGUAUAUAUUUUUUUUUUUACAUUCCACAUUCAUUCACACUUUACAACAUUGGCUUUUAUAGAUUUAUAUUGUUUUCACUUGAUCCCUGUGGAAUCAUUACUUCACUAUUUUACAGUCACACAAUCCACAGCAAUGUUUACACAAAGUCUUGUAUGGCGGUGUGUGUAUUUAAACGACAGUGACCAACUGCUCGGAUGCUACAACAUUAAUGUAAUGUUAAGUGCACUUCUGGAUCCGCUGCCUCAAACACACACGUUCCAGCUUUUGAGAAAAGGAAUGUAUCUGUCAAGCUGUUUUUUUUUUAAUUUUUGUUUUGCAUUUGGUUUUACUGAAAAUUGUGUUUCAUCGGGGUAUAUGGGAAAUAAAAAUGAAUUAGACUUUCUAAUAAACAUGAGCAACUGA